UUAUUACUUGUCAAGUCCCCGCUGUGUGUGUUAUUAUUUAAUUUGGAUUUAAAUUUCUGAUAAUUGCAUACUUACCCAAUGAACAUUGACAUUUCUAAAUCUUCGAGCUAUCCUUAUGAACAAAGAUAAAAUAAUCUCAAACGAAAUGGUGGCCACGAAGAAUAAAAAUACAGUGUUGUGUUCUACACCCGAACAUCGGGCAGACUCGCCUUCCAGAGACAGCGACUCCAUCUGUGACUCUGAGGCAGCCAGCCCGGUGCCAUUUCUCUGUACACAAGAUGGAGCAGAAGGGGAAACUGAUGUUGUUUGGAACUUUUACACACCAAAAUCUGAGCAUGCAGCAAAAUCACGAAUAAAAAAUUCGACGCCAGUGAGUCGCCGGUCCAAAAGAUACAUAAAGCCAAAAAUAGUUGAAAGACAACCUCCAAAACGAAGAGCACUUAAACAAACUUCACAGAAAAAGACUGAAUUGUUUCAAGAACUUAUAGAACUGAAUCAAAAUCUGCUAGAGUUGAUGUCCAAGAAAUCACAAAACAAUUGUACAGAGAAAGUUAAUUCAGGCAGUGAAGAUGAUUUCAUGACUGAGUCACCAGAGUUCUCACCUAAAGCUAGAACAAGGAGUAACUCCCGAUGUUUAAGGAGAAAUGUACUGAGUUCUAAUUUUGUCAAACCAGAUCCCGAAACAGCAUUGGAAUCAGAUGAUUCUAUGAAUGAGUGCCUUAUUAAAGCCAGCCAGGUGGUAGAAGAAAACAUUCUCAAUGAAGCUCCUGCUGUAAAAAGGCCAUGCUAUGAAUCAAGUAUCAAAAAACCAGUAAUCAACUCAGAUAUAAACUUCAAAAUGGACCAAGACUCGAUGGAUGCUAUACUGAACAGCAUUAAACUAGAUUCUCCAAUUGUUAAAAAUGUAACAAAAUGUUCUUCCCCACAAUUGAAUAAUGAUUCAUUUGAUAGCCUUGUUGGAAACUUGAAUGAUAGUGCACUGGAGCGAUUGACUCAGAUGCCAGUUAAAAUGGACACUUCAAAAAGAAAAAGUAAAUUGAAUACAUCAAAAGAUGGAAACAGUUGGACAAUUAAAGAGUUGGUUGUUCAUGAUGGCAGUCCAUCUUCUAAGUCUAUAUUUAGUCGCCACAGCUCAAUGCCCAUAUCACCUACUGUUAAUGAUAAAAAUAAACCUUCAACAAGUGGAAUGGUUUUUGGAAGAUAUAAUUCAAUGCCUUUUGGUAAUGAGGCUGAAAAAGCAUCAGUUCAAGGGGAUUCACCGAUCAGAUGUACGCCAGAGGAAAUAAAAAAGAAGCAUCAGCUGGCCAGAGAAAAAUUGUUAGCAAAGAGGCUUCUACCAUUUACAUCAUCACAAAAAAUUCCUCAGCCAAUCAUAAGUUCUCAAAUGACCCAACCAAUAAUGCCAAAGAUUACCGAAGAAGUUAAGGCUCCUAAAAAGUUACCAGAAACACUUCCAACUAAGAAGGCCCUAUUUCAACCAAAAAUUGCCAGUAGUGUGAUAAAUGUUCAAAAUAAACCUGCUGCUAAUUAUCAACAGAAACCUAUUAGCAGCUCAGUAGAUCUCAAGAGUAUUAUUGAAAAGAAAAGACAGGAAGCUUUGAUGAAAUUACGACGCCGACAAAUACAAAGCAAAUGAUUAAUCGUUGGAUAUUUAUAUUUUAAUUAAAAUUAUGUUUUGUUUGA